AUUCAGGAGUGGAAUAUCUCCGGACUCAGCUGGGACGCUGAGAAAUGUGGCGCUCAUCGAGUCUCUGUGCCUCGAGAAAAGCUUUGGGUUCCAGACAUUUACAUCUCAGAGCUGUAAGUUUAAAACACAUAUUUGUACUUUUCACAAAAUAAAUAUGCUUAACAUGAUUAUAGAGUAAAAAGAAAAUUUCCUUUCCUGUGACUUUUAUUACAUAAAUUCUGAAAGAUGUGAAUUCACAUUUAAAAUGCCCCAAAGCUGCUUCCUAUAUGUGAAUUGAACUGCUUUUUUUUUUUUUUUUUCCCACAGAUGAAGAUAAAUCUCCCAAAACUCCUUACGUCUACCUGUCCAGCACAGGAGGCGUGUUGGAUGACCGUCCACUAAAAGUGGUGAGCUCCUGCCAGUUAGGAAUCUACACUUUUCCUUUUGACGUUCAAAACUGCUCCCUGACCCUUGGAUCCUAUGUACACUUCGACACAGAUAUUACGGUGUCUCUAAGAAACACAGCCGAGGACAUCUUUAAGGAAUCUAGAGACGUGAUGGAAACCAACGGGGAGUGGGAGCUCUCAAAUAUCACAACCGUCAUUUCCUCUCUGGAAACGUUGGAAACGGAAAACUACUCCGAGAUCAAAUUUUUCAUAAUUCUCAGACGCAGACCCACCCUGUACGUGGUGAACCUCCUGAUCCCCAGCUGCUUCCUCAUCACCGUGGACCUCUUCAGCUUCCUGCUGCCCCCGCAGAGUGUGGACAGAUCCUCCUUCAAGAUGACCCUGAUCUUGGGCUACACUGUCUUCCUGCUCAUCAUGAAUGACCUGCUGCCCACCACUGGAGAGACCACACCUCUCAUUAACGUGUUCUUCUCCAUCAGUCUGGCUCUGAUGGUGGCCAGCCUGUUGGAGACCGUGUUCAUCACCAACAUCCAGUUCAGCUCCAGUCAGUACAGCGCCGUGCCUCACUGGCUCAGUGUUCUCGUGCUACGCUAUCUGGCUGUUGUAGCCUGUAUCCCUCCAAAGAAGAAGAGCAACCGAACCACCGUGCUUUUCAACCGCAACUCUGAAGGUGUCCUCCUCAGUUCCUCUGCUACAGUAACAAAUCUAAAAAACAUAGCAUAAUGACAUGUUUAAAGAAUUUAAAACUACAUUUAUUUAUUCAAAUGAAUAAAAUCCAGGUUUGUGAGACUGCAGGGGGAGGGUCUAUGGGGUCAAAUCAGGAUCUGCUAAAAGUGAAGAAAGAAACAUUAAAAAUGUGAAAAACAGACAUUGUAAAUGAAAAAUAAAACGGAAAUUUUUAAUUAAAUAAACUAUAAAUGUAAAAUUACAACGUGUUCGUGCCCCAUUUCCAUGAAUAACAGCAUGGAGGAGACUGAAUGACAAGAUCAACAGCAAAGUCGUGCUGAAAAAAGUCCACCAAACAGUGAGACCGCGAAAGGUGAAACCGUGAUAUUAGCGAAGGAUACAUGUUUUGGUAGCCAAUGAGCUCAAAGCCACACCCCAAUAUAAAAUUUGGAUCAGCCAAGCAACAACAAUUUCAAAACUCAAAAAUAAUAAAAAUUUAAAAAACACA